GGGCAGCAGCCACGGACAAAGCUGAAGGUGUCUCCCAUAAAAGUCAAGAGAUAUCCAUUUCUAAAUUUGCGGUCAAUCCGUUUUGCGGGCACCUACCUUCGCUCAGCCAGCUCUCAUCUCAAUUCCAGAUAAUCAGCGAGCAUUUAAUUACCUGUAAGUAAUCGUAGCUUUUUUACGAUACUUUUUUCUACGUGGUCUUACUCGUCGAGAACAGAAUUGAAUUUGACAUCUAGAUCUAGGUAGGUCACUUCGCGAUUCAAGCCGGACCAAUUUUUCUUUCCGUGCAAAAUCAUGAGUGAAGUCUUCGAAGGAUACGAGCGUCAGUACUGCGAGCUCUCUGCCAAUCUCUCUCGAAAAUGCAACUCUACUUCUCUUCUUCCCGAUGGAGUGGAAAAGAACGCGAAGGUUAUCGAGAUUAAAUCCGGACUGGAUGAUUGUGAUGUUCUGAUUAGGAAAAUGGACCUUGAAGCUAGGAGUUUGCAGCCGAGUGUGAAGGCUAUGUUUCUGGCCAAGUUGAGGGAAUAUAAGUCUGAUCUGAAUAAGUUGAAGAGGGAAUUUAAAAGGAUAACGUCCGGUGAUGGUAGUCAGGCUUCCCGUGAAGAGUUGUUGGAGGCUGGAAUGGCUGAUGCGCAUUCGGUUUCUACUGAUCAAAGGGAAAGAUUGACUAUGUCAGUAGAGAGAUUAAAUCAGUCCAGCGAUAGAAUUAAGGAGAGCAGAAGAGCCAUGCUAGAGACAGAAGAGCUUGGUGUCUCAGUUCUUGAAGAUUUGCAUCAACAGCGCCAGACGCUCCUGCAUGCUCAUAACAAGCUUCAUGGAGUAGAUGAUGCUAUUGACAAGAGUAAGAAAGUCCUAACUUCCAUGUUGAGAAGAAUGACCAGAAACAAGUGGAUCGUUGGCUCAGUAAUUGCUGCUCUUGUUGUAGCAAUCAUUUUUAUCAUCUUAUUUAAGACUUCUUAUCAUUAAUAAACACUUGAAAUUAUUGGUCGUAAAUUUGUUACAGUUGGUGGUCUCCGGUGUCAGUUGAAUUCACUCCACUGUUAUUCGUGCACGUGUGUAUAAAGAAUUUGUCAGUCGAAUUCUAAGCAUCUGCCGGUUGUAAUUGUGCCAUCACUAGGUAUAUGAAAAUCCUGUGAUGUAUGUUUAGCCUUUCUUC